AUGCCGAAAACCGCGGUCAAAGAAAGAAUCCGCCAAAAGGCCAAACCGACUUCACGGUCGCCUUUUGAGCAGGCACGACCUGCUCAUGACGAUAGCGAUGUGGACAUGCACAGCGGGGCUAGCGACAGCGACGACAAUGUGCCCGAGAAGGACGAGGCGGAGAGGAAACUGGAGAGAAUGCUCUUCGGCGACGACGAGGGGUUCCACGGCGCAUUGAAGAGCCAUCAAGAUCGCAGUUUGGCAGCGCUAUCGACUAUGAGUGACGAGGAGGCGGCCAGUGAAGAGGAAGAGGGCGAGGAGGGCGAGGAAAAAGCGCUAGACGAGAUGGCGGAUGCCGAUCUUUUCUUCCUCGAUUCCGGCGCGGAUGCCGUUUCCACCGACGUCGCCGCACCUGCCGAAUUGAUGUCCGAUGCUGAGGCCGAAGAUGACGAGGAGACGGAUGAAUUGCCGGCGGUGUGGCACGACAGCGACGAUGAGCGUCUCACGAUCUCGCUUGCGAGCCACCAGAGACUGAGGAAGCUGCGUGUGGCCGAGUCCGAGGAUGUGAUCAGUGGCAAGGAGUACAUCCGACGCCUUCGCAGACAGUACCAGCAAUUGCAUCCGACGCCUGAAUGGGCGAACCCCGAGCUGAGCGUGGCCCGAAACGAAUCCGACUCGGACGACAUGGACACGGAUGACGAGGGCCCGAGUUCCGCGCAGCCUCUCGCGAAGCUCCUUCAAGGCGUUACUGACCUCACGAAGCUGGAAGAUAACACGCACGCGGGCGGAAAGAGAAAGCUGCGCCAGGAAAUGCUGGAUAUUCAGAGGUUAAAGGACGUUGGGAAAGACCAGCCGUCUUCAAUCGAUUCGCUUUCCUUCCAUCCUCAUUACCCUUUGCUCCUGUCCUCGGGGCCGGCGGCGACGCUCUUCCUUCACCACAUCUCGCCAUCUUCUGCAGCCCCGAAUCCUCUCCUAACCUCGUUUCAUAUUCGCCGUACGCCCAUCCACACCUCGGCGUUUGCCCCGCCCGCUGGCAAUAAGAUCUUUGCAUCGGGUCGCCGGCGCUACUUCCACAUCUGGGACCUGAACACCGGCAAGGUGGACAAGGUAAAUGGCACGGCGGAUCGGCGGGAGGAACAGAAGUCCAUGGAGCGAUUCAAACUCUCGCCCUGUGGCCGGUACGUCGGACUUGUUGGCUCGUCGCGCAAGGGCGGCGGUCUCAUCAACGUCCUCGACUCUGGAACGGCGCAGUGGAUCGCGCAGGUCCGGGUGGACGGCCGCGGCGGCGUGGCGGACUUCGCCUGGUGGUGUGACGGCGAGGGCAUGACGGUUGUCAGCAAGAACGGCGAAGUGUCCGAGUGGGACAGGAAAUCCCAGCGGGUCGUGGCCCGGUGGGUGGAUGCGGGUGCGGUGGGCACGACGGUGCUCAGCCUGGGAGGACGAUCCGGACGCACGCAGCUGGGAGGCGACCGCUGGGUGGCCAUCGGCAGCUCCAGCGGUAUCGUCAACGUCUACGACCGACGGCCCUGGGCCGCGGCGUACGCCACGCAGCCCUCGUCGGCCAUCCCACGCAACCCCAAGCCCGUGCGUGCGCUAGACCAGCUCACGACGCCGAUCAGUCACUUGGAAUUCGCGCCGGACGGACAGUUCUUCGUCAUGGCCAGUCGAUGGAAGAGGGAUGCCCUGAGAAUCGUUCACCUCCCUUCGUGUACCGUGUAUCGCAACUGGCCCACGUCCAACACGCCUCUGGGCCGAAUCUCGUCGGUAGCCAUCUCGCCUAAUUCCGAGCAACUGGCCGUGGCCAACGAACAGGGCCGGAUCAGACUAUGGGAGAUCCGGGGGUAG